UAUCUCACAGUCUCUGCUGCAGUCAACGAAAAUAAAUGAUGCUCGGAACCUGUUUGCUUUAACAUUUACCCCGCUGCUCGAUACUUGAUUGUUUUAACUGCUGAAGUGUAACCGGAGUCGACUCUCGUCAUCUGCUUACCUGUCGUUUAGAAUUCCGUCAUGCAGAUUCAUCGUUAAUAGACAGGAGAGGAGGAGCUGGUAGGAAUAGACGAAUGUGACAUGUUUAUGUUUUGCGGCGGUCAAUCCUACACUACAUGUACACUACCUAACGUGCGCAUUAAUUAUAUCAUAGCGCAAUAUCUUUCGGGGAGAGCAGUGCAGUAUGUAGGAAUUGGAUAGGGCAAGGACAGACGAAUAUUUAAAAGGACCACUGUUGAACAGUAUAGGUUACCAUCCGAUGUAUUGCUAUUUCUCUCUAAAUUAUUUCACCAUUUAUUAAUUUAUUUUCUCCCAGAGACUUUAUGUUAUUGGAAUAUUUGCAACAGCGCUUAGUCGCUCGUUUUAUUUCAGAACCCUGGACAGCGCUGUACCGAAAACUACAAAUCAAUCUCUUCUGCAACGGUUUCUACCUGUUAUUGAUAUCGAGAGAGCAAGUGGAACUAAGCGACGUCUGACCUACGUGUACUGUUCAUUGACAUCUGUUUCUGUACAUUUUUACAUAACUUACUUUCACCCGGUUAGCUAUUGAUUGCGCUAAAUGUGUAACUGCAAGAGGAUAACCGUCUAUAUCCAACCGACUUGAUUUAUAGUCUAGGUGACUAUGGAUUUGACUCGUUCAUAAUAUUGUCCCGAGACCAACACGUGUUGAGUGUAGACAGAGGAAGAAUAAUUUAGAGACAGUUAAAUUUAUUUACAGACCGAAACGAAGUUACCCUUCAGCAGAACUAGUGUUGGUUGGCUAUUUAAUGAGGAAUAUAAAUAGUUGAUUUUGUCUUGACAAAACACGCACUUUCAAGAGUUAUUGACGCAGCAACAGCUGAACAAUAUCAGAGGAGAAUUAGUCACCAAGACAAUUCUCAAACAUAAGCAGCAAACAACAUCUUUCAAACCAAGUUUCUGAGACUCUAAAACUUCCAACAUGGCGGUGUCCUGUCAAAGUCUAGACGAGGUUCGACGCUCCAUCACCCGCCAGACACUGAUCUUUGCCUCGCUGACUUUACUCCUCUCUUGGUCCUGCCCGGCUCUAGGCAAGAAGAAGCUCUACAUCGGUGCCCUCUUCCCGAUGAGCGGAGGCUGGCCCGGGGGCCAAGCAUGCCUCCCUUCCGCUCAGAUGGCUCUCGACUUGGUGAACAAGAGAACGGAUAUACUGCCGGAGUACGAACUGGAACUGAUCCACUACGAUAGCAUGUGUGAUCCAGGUGAAGCCACCAAGCUGCUGUAUGACCUGCUGUACACUGAGCCCAUCAAGAUUGUCCUGAUGCCCGGCUGCAGCUCUGUGUCCACUCUGGUGGCGGAGGCUGCUCGCAUGUGGAACCUCAUAGUGUUAUCCUAUGGUUCCAGUUCUCCAGCUCUCUCCAACCGUCAGCGCUUCCCGACGUUCUUCCGUACCCAUCCGUCUGCCACCCUCCACAACCCCACCAGGGUUCAGCUCUUUCAGAAGUGGAAAUGGACUAAGAUCGCCACCAUCCAGCAGACUACGGAAGUCUUCACCUCAACGCUGGAUGAUCUAGAGGCGAGGACCAAAGAGGCCCGGAUAGAGAUCAGCGUUCGCCAGAGCUUCCUCACCGACCCCGCCCCAGCUGUCAAGAAUCUCAAGCGGCAAGACGCCAGAAUCAUCGUGGGGCUCUUCUACGAGACGGAAGCCAGAAAAGUUUUCUGUGAGGUGUACAAGGAGAAGCUCUAUGGGAAGAAGUAUGUCUGGUUCCUGAUUGGUUGGUACGCAGACAACUGGUUCAAGAUCAAAGACCCGUCAAUCAACUGCACCGUGGAGCAGAUGACGGAGGCGGUGGAGGGCCACGUUACCACGGAGAUCGUCAUGCUCAACCCAGAGACCGCCCGAGGGGCCUCCAACCUGACAUCUCAGGAGUUUCUGAACCAGCUGAUGUCUAAGUUGGGGGGUAAGAACCCCGAGGAGACAGGGGGGUUCCAAGAGGCCCCUCUGGCCUACGAUGCAGUGUGGGCCCUGGCUCUGGCCCUCAACAAGACUGUGGGGCCCCUGAAGGCCAAGGGCCGGAGGCUGGAAGACUUCAACUACAAUAACCGAGAUAUCACCGCUGAGAUCUACCGUGCCCUCAACACCAGCUCAUUUGAAGGAGUUUCGGGCCAUGUUGUAUUUGAUGCCCAGGGUUCUAGAAUGGCCUGGACUCUUAUUGAGCAGCUGCAAGGAGGCAGCUAUAAGAAGAUUGGAUACUUCGACAGUACUAAAGGCAAUCUAUCCUGGUAUGGGAAUGACAAGUGGAUAGGUCCAGGCCCCCCAGCAGAUCAGACGGUGGUUAUAGAGGUGUUUAGGUUCCUCUCUCAGAAGCUCUUUGUCUCUGUGUCUGUGUUCGCUGGACUGGGGAUCCUACUGGGGAUUGUGUGUCUCACAUUCAACAUCUACAACAGCAAUGUCAGGUAUAUCCAGAACUCCCAGCCCUACCUGAACAACAUGACGGCAGUGGGGUGUAUGAUGGCUCUGGCUGCUGUCUUCCCUCUGGGCCUCGACGGACACCACGUACACAGGAAACAGUUUCCCGUGAUCUGCCAGUUCCGCCUAUGGCUGCUUGGCCUGGGCUUCAGCCUGGCCUAUGGUUCUAUGUUCACUAAGAUCUGGUGGGUCCACACCGUCUUCACCAAGAAGGAUGACAAGAAGGAGAAGAGGAAGCACCUGGAGCCGUGGAAACUCUACGCCACCGUGGGGGUGCUGCUGGUCAUCGACGUCCUGUCACUCAUGAUCUGGCAAAUAGUGGAUCCUCUACACAUCACGGUGGAGAAGUUUGUGAGAGAGGCCCCUAAAGGAGACCUGGAUGUUCUGAUCCAACCUCUGCUGGAACACUGCAGCUCAGACAAGAUGAACACCUGGCUUGGGGUGGUGUAUGGUUAUAAGGGCUUGCUGCUGCUCCUGGGGAUUUUUCUGGCUUAUGAGACCAAGUCUAUAUCUACAGAGAAGAUCAAUGACCACCGCGCUGUGGGCAUGGCCAUCUACAACGUCUCAGUGUUGUGUAUGAUCACGGCUCCCGUCACCAUGAUCUUGUCGUCGCAGCAGGACGCCUCGUUUGCCUUCGCCUCCCUGGCCAUCGUCUUCUCCGUCUACAUCACCCUGGUGGUGCUCUUCGUACCCAAGAUGCGUCGGCUGAUCACCCGAGGGGAGUGGCAGUCAGACACCCAGGAGACCAUGAAGACACAGGGCUCAUCCACCAACAACAACGAUGAGGAGAAGUCCAGACAGCUGGAGAGAGAGAACAAGGAACUACAGAAGAUCAUUCAGGAGAAAGAAGAGAGGGUGUCCGAGCUGCGAAACCAGCUGGUGGAGCGACAAGCCCUUCGCUCCCGAAGACGACCCUCCACAGUCAACCAGAACCACAGCACGCCCCUUCUCCCCGUCCCCUCGAACAACGACCCCAAAUCCCUCAUUCCCCCACCGGGGUACCCCAACCCCACCUCAGACAACCACUCCCUCCCUCCAUCGUUCUCCAACUCCUCCAACCUCUAUCAGCCCGAUGGGAAGAUCAGUAGAAACAACUGCCACACCAGCCGGUUACAGCUCCUCUACAAGUAGAGAAGAAGAAGAUCUGAAGGAGGGAUGAGUUAUAGUAUGAAGAAUGAAUGGAAGGAUGAGUAAUGGGGUGAGCGGAGUAUGAGAUGGGGUAGCGUUUAGGGGAAGCGUGAGAACGGAGUGAGCAUCAAGAAGCGAAUGUGAGUGGGAGUGAGCGAAUGAGUAUGAGUCAGAGAAAGUAUGUUUAGUGAACAAGAGGAGGUAGGGAGGGAGGGAGGGAGGACGGGAGUCAAACGGUGAUGAGAUUCAUUGAAUGAGAGAGAGAUCAGAGAGAGAGAGGCCUUAUCUUAAAACAGCCAAAAGACAAGAGGAAGCUUUCUGAAGAGAGCAGUUGAAAGAGGGUAAAGGGAUUUGAAGGAAGGGAAAACAGAAAGCAGAGGAUUAUCGUUCCUCUCUCUCUCUCCUCUCUCUCCUCUCUCUCUCCUUCUGUCACUCCCUCCCCCUAGUGUCCAAUAAAUGAAAUCAUUCCAUAUUUUUUUUGAGGGGGGGAA